GAAUACGCUCUUCAACACAGAGGAAGUUUUCCCGAUCCCGGACCAUGGAAAAUACCUCAAACUCGCGAAGUUCUCCUCAGAGAUACUCUUGGUAUCGAAGCCCUUCCCCGACAACGUUUUAAUAAGACUAAGAGAACUCCUUAUGUACUUAAUAUUAUGGUUGUUGGCGAGAGUGGUCUCGGAAAAACCACUUUUAUGAAUACCCUGUUCAACACACCCCUCAAAGAAGAAAUCCUUCCGAAAAAUCCACAAUCCACACAGACAGUUGAAAUUGAUCCUGUACAUUACGAAUUGGUUGAAAAUGGCGUAACUCUUAACCUUACUGUUGUUGACACACCCGGUUUCGGUGACCAACUUAAUCGUGAACACAACCUUGACCCCAUUGUCGAAUAUAUUGAUGAUCAAUUCGAAGCAUAUCACGCAGCUGAACGUAGUCCUGAAUUCAGACGUGCAAUUCCAGACACUCGUGUACAUGCCCUAUUGUAUUUUAUUGCCCCAACUGGUCAUGCCCUUAAAGAACUCGAUAUCAAGUCCCUUCAAGUUUUAUCCGCUAAAGUUAAUGUAAUUCCUGUUAUUGCAAAGGCUGAUACACUUACACAAGAAGAAAAGGCUGCUUUUAAGAAAACUAUAUCAAGAGAUAUCGAAGCCAAUGAUAUCAGGAUUUUUCCCACAGCAUAUCCUGAUGAUCGAGAGAGGGUAGAGGAUCUUGAGAAAUACAUUCCAUUCACUGUAAUUGGCAGCGAUCAAUUUGUGGAUGUCGAUGGUAAACAAGUACGAGGAAGGUCAUAUCGAUGGGGUGUAGUUGAAGUUGAAAAUGAAGCACAUUGUGAUUUCAUUCACCUUCGUGAACUUCUUAUGACACAUGCCCUUCAUGAUCUCCUUGAAACGAGUCAUACCGUACAUUACCACAAUUACCGAGCCAUGAAACUUCGUUCAAGCGGUCGUCCAGAAUCUAUUCUUGCUUGUGACGAUUCUUAUGAACACAGAAUCGAAAGAAGCAAACAGAGUAUGGCUGAAGAAAUGAUCAAGAAAGAAGAAGAAAUGAGACAAAACUUUGUAAUGAAAGUUAGGGAGAAGGAAGCAAGCUUGAGGGAAAGAGAAGAGCAGCUCAACCAACGCCGACAACAACUUAUGGCAGAGUUAGAAGAGCAACGUCUGACACUUGCAUCAGAGGAACGUGAAUUUCAAGAGAUGUAUAACGCAAGUCGGAACGCCAG